AAGGAAAUAGGAAAAGUAAGGAAUAGUGGUAUAAAAGUAGUGAAGAAGUAAGGAAAGUGAUAAAUAACAAAGUAAAGAAUGAAAGAUAAUGAAAUAAGGAAGUAAAGAAAAAAUAAAUGUAGAAAAAGAAGAAUAUUGGAAAUGGAUAAGAGAAAUGAUUCCAAGACACCAGUAUAAGAGAUCGGCUCGAGGAAGAAUGAGCGGUCCGAGUCCGGGCACUGCCUCAAGCGCUUCCCCCACUCUGCGGCUCCACCCGCUCGACGAGUUCCUCGCGACGAAUUUGCGCGCACACAAUUUUGAAGAACUUCGAGUACUUAUAAAUAUUCUUCACCAGGAUUUCUGAUUUCCAAGUGUUAAUAUCUAACUUUAUUGAUUCAAUUAAUUAUUUUAAUAUUCCAAACACUUAAUUUAUUAAUAUUUCAAUCAGAGCAUAAUUUAUUUUCGAGAUUUUACAAUUUCGAUUCAGUUUUUAUCUAUUCUGUAUAUUUUGCGAGAUUUCGAUUUAGUCUCAAUUUUAAUUUUGAAUAAAUUUCGAUUGUAAAUCAACAACCAAUAAUAUUUAGUAACAUUUGGAAAGCUUUAUCCAAUGUUUCAAAUUUUCAUUAUUUCUGUGUAACUGAUUUUUUCCUUCUUCUCGCGGAUUAUCCAGUUUUCCUACUUAUUACUUCUUGUUGCACUAAUGUGAAUUUGAGUUUGGUCGUUCUGGCAGAUCUCAUUCGAGAAGACAGCCAAAAAUACAGGAAGGAAGGACUUUGGUACUUUCAGUAGCUUAUGCCUCUGGUUCAAAAUUAGCUAAUUUUUGUUUAUUUACUUUCAUAGUGGUGAUCUAUCGGGUCGAAAGAUGAAUAAGGGAUAUACAAACGUUACUAUAAAAAAUAUGGAGACGAUGCUCAAUGCUCAGUCCAAAAAGACAAACCAAGAUCUGUAUAAAGGAUGUAGAUCCCAUAAAGCAAUAGUUUGUUUUUUAACAUAUGUGUGUGAAAUCAGAAGAGAAAAUUUUUUUUAAAAAACAUGAGCUCAAUAUGUACCAAAAUCUGCUUCAAAAGUUAGGUGAGAUUUUCAUUUAUCGGUAGAGCUGGAGUAGGGAGUUAGAGCUGGUUAGAGCUACUAACUUUAAUCUGUUCCCCAUGAAAGUAUCCUUCAACAGUUAAUAAAGUUUGAUAUUACUUUAUCUUUCUUUAAUGUAAGUUUCAGAGGUUUGCAAGUCCCCAGAAAGAAAAAUGCAAGUCCGCUGCCCGGUGGAUGCGCGGACUUUGAUAACUCUGCGCUCUGUCGGCUCAAUAGGACGUGGUUUCAAUUCGAUUCUGCACAGUUGAACAUUAUUUAAUAUUCAUAAUCUCUAUUGGUUAAAAUUUCGUUUAAUAAAAGCAUGGCAUUCAUAUCAAGAGCUUGUUCUCUUCGAAAAGGAUUAAUAUCUUUAUUUGAAUGGAAGGAUCUAAACUGUAAUAUUUACAGUAUUAGCAGGAAAUCAUAUAAUGUUGAGAAAAAAAAGACUGAAUUUACACCAGAUGAUGUGUACGUACCAGAUAUUACAGGAAUGUUUACCACGUGCUUGAUAAAUAAAAAGCCAUUCUUCUUCGAUAUGAGAUUUUUCAGCGACAUGGGACAUUACAAAAAGAUAAUGGGGUACGAUAAACCAAUAGAUUUUAAAUUAGGUACCCUGGAGUCUGACAAAUCACCAGAAAGUAUUAAAAAAUAAAGCAUUACAAAUACAUUAAGUCCUUUAAUGUGUUCUUUCUUGCCCUACUGAUAUUAUAUAUUCGUAAAAAGUAAAAUGUUACUAAUUACAACUUAUGUACAUGUAUAUGCAGGUAAAUUUUAAACCAGUUGGGUAAAAGAAUUGUAGUUGUAAUGUAGUUAUGAUAAAAAUGUAUAUAAAAAUUAAAAUACUUCUACCAAAGGAUAAACUUAUAA